CUCCGUCGAUUACUGAGAAUCGUUUCAUAACGCAGAAAAAGCCAAACCGGGCUUAACUCAGAGAAAAGUAAGAGAAAAGAGAAGAAUCUUUUGUGAAAGAGAAGAAGAAGAAGAAGAAGAAGAAGCGUGGCGGCUCAAACUCAAAAAUCUUCCUACCAAAUUCUGAAUUUACCAAUUUGCCCUUUCACUUUUGUUCUAAAAUCUCUAAUGAGUUCUUGAUCCCAAAGGGUCCGUUGGGUUUCUCGUAAACAGCGACAAAAUCGCAUAGCAGAGGAAGCCAGCAUAGUUACGAGACAUAAAAGAAAGAAAAUCUGACAAGAAUCAAAUUUCUUAACAUCUCUUUGCGUCUUUGUUUGAGGGUUUAUUGUUUGUUGGUAAUUUUCGGGGAGGCUGAAGAUGAGGCCUGAGCUUCCAUGGCAAUGGAAGGUAGAAAGCAAACGGCUUCUAUGGCUAUUGGGACUCACAUUCGCUCUCAUCGUCACAUUUCAGUACAUCGAGCUUCCAUACGCUAUCUCCUCCCUCUUCUCUUCCACCAAGAUUCCCAUUUCAAGAAACUCGACUUCACUUGUAGGAGACGAAGAAGUUGAGGUUGAUCAGAUAUUUGAUCGCAGGGGAAACGCCACUGCUUCCGCCAUUUCGCCUUCUACCGCUGCACUCCCGCCUUCAUUACCUACUUCAAACCCAAAUGAAAACGCAACCGCAACCGCGCCUGCCACUAGUGCAGAGUCCCCUGCUGCUUUACCUGGUUUAUACCCAUCUACUGCAAAGGAAAACGCAACCGCACAUGCCGCUAGUGCAAAGUCCCCUGCUUUAUCUCCGGUAAAGGGAAACGCAACCGCGCCUGCCGCUAGUGCAAAGGCCCCAGCUUUAUCUCCGGUAAAGGCAAACGCUACAACUAGCCAUGUACCGGAAAGGAAUUCAACUAAAACAGCUGUUGCUGAUGUUUCUCCUUCUGUGAGAUUUGUUCCUGACAUGAAGGACAACGCGAGAUUGCCUGAUUCCGGAGUGAUGUCAAUAUUCGACAUGAGCAAGAAGCUGCGUGAAAACCGAGUUUCUCUUAAUCGCCGAGCAAAGAAACCAAAAUGGGUUACUAAACCUGACUUGGAGCUUUUACAAGCAAAGUACGAGAUAGAGAAUGCACCGAUCGAUGACAAAGACCCUCUCCUCUACGCUCCUCUUUAUCGCAAUGUUUCCAUGUUCAAACGGAGCUAUGAGUUGAUGGAGAAGAUGUUGAAGGUUUACGUUUACAAAGAAGGAGAGAGACCUAUCAUGCACAAUCCAAUACUCAGAGGGAUUUAUGCAUCCGAAGGCUGGUUCAUGAAACUGAUUGAAUCAAACAACAACAGAUUUGUGACAAAGGACGCUUCGAAAUCUCAUCUUUUCUACUUACCCUUCAGUUCUCGGAUGCUCGAGGUGACUCUGUAUGUACAGGACUCACACAGUCACCGCAACCUCAUUAAGUAUCUGAAAGACUACAUAGACUUCAUCUCCGUAAAAUACCCUUUUUGGAACCGAACUUCCGGUGCCGAUCACUUCCUCGCCGCCUGCCAUGACUGGGCUCCAACGGAGACGGGGAAGCAUUUCUCAAAGAGUAUAAGGGCGUUGUGUAACUCGGACGUUAAAGAAGGCUUCGUCUUUGGAAAGGACACGUCUUUACCUGAGACAUUCGUCAGAGACCCCAAGAAACCGUUAAGUAACAUCGGUGGAAAAUCUGCGUCGAAGAGGCCACUACUUGCUUUCUUUGCCGGGAAACCCGAUCACGGGUAUCUCCGGCCGAUCCUACUCUCGUACUGGGGCAACAACAAAGAUCCCGACUUGAAGAUCUUUGGGAAACUUCCGCGGACUAAAGGGAACAAGAACUACCUUAACUUCAUGAAGACGAGCAAGUACUGCAUUUGUGCCAAAGGCUAUGAAGUGAACAGCCCGAGAGUGGUCGAGGCCAUUUUCUAUGACUGUGUUCCGGUCAUCAUAUCUGAUAACUUUGUGCCGCCGUUUUUCGAGGCUUUGAACUGGGAAUCGUUUGCGCUUUUCGUGCCGGAGAAAGAUGUCCCGAACCUGAAGAAGAUCCUGAUGUCGAUACCGAAACGUAGGUACCUGCAGAUGCAGAUGAGGGUGAAGAAAGUGCAGAAGCAUUUUCUGUGGCAUGUGAAGCCAGAGAAGUAUGAUAUGUUUCACAUGAUUCUUCAUUCGGUUUGGUUUAACCGGGUUUUUCAGGUUUCUGUUUAGAAGUUUUGGUUUAACAAUUCAUUGUACAUUUUCUUACGUAUACAAUUUUUGUGUGGAAACUCCGUUUACAAAAACGUAAUAAAAAAAAAAAAACAUAUCACAAACCCAA